AUGGCCGAUAGUCUUCCUCUCUCCUUCCCAGCGCUCUACAGCUGUGCGCAGUCCGCUCGAUCCGGACCCAAAGUGAUGCCCGGAGUCUCGUUAUCUGCAUGGAGGAAGGACGAGCACGUGUUGAGAUGCGGCAUCUGCGCUAAAAAGUUCGGUCUUCUCCGUUGGAAACAUCACUGCAGAGCUUGUGGAGAUGUUUGUUGUCGUCGAUGUCUCGGAUUCUGCUUGGUGGACGUCCCGGAACAUGGUGUCGACUUGGCCUACACGUGUGCUCGUUGCGUCCAGAAACACACCAAGCCUACGCUUGUGGGCGACAUCAACUGGCCGUUCGCAGGCGACGUGCAGAGCUCCAGACUUCACUUGAGUAGAUCCGCAGAUUCUCUCGCUACGAUGGCCAUGAGCGACGCAUCGACAGCUUCUCCGUGUUCUUUCUCCUGGUCCAUUACACCCACGGCUUCCCCGCCUCAACAUACUCGUGAGUUCGACGUCGUCGUCAGUCAGUAUCGUAACCAGAAGCUCCACUCGGUCUGCUCGUUGCUUGUCGACUAUCUGGAGUGUGUGGGUGGAGCCAUCGUGCUCGUCCAGGACCUUCAUCUCUGGGUCAUCGCGCACAAAGGACUCCAUCCUCGCGUUCUGCACGACCCCACGUUCCUGUCCAUCUGCAGUCGAGCGUUGAGCACGCAAACCGCCUUCACUUUCUUCGGCGCGUCUCCUUUGUUUGAUGUUCGCGAGACUGCCGGCCCCGCUCUCGGUUGUAUCGUGGCGCUGGACACCCGUGCGCGUACUGCUGCUGCUGCGUCCAAGAUGGAAGUGACACUAGAGAACUUGGCCGACCACGUCAUGGAUCUAUUAGCUCAAGACGAGACCAUCCUACGCAUCUACGCGUCGGGAGACUUCAAGAUCUUCGCGUCGGCUGCUACAGACACGCACGUACUAAGUGGCUCCUUCGACGGGUUCAGCAGCACGUCGUCCACUGCAGCGUCAGGCUCGCUCUUCUCGUCCAUGCACACAAGACCUCGGCGCUCCAGCAGCUUCGCGUCAGGCGACGACGUAUCAACGCUCAAAGCAGCAUAA